AAUAUACAAAAAUCCAGCUUCCAACAAUAGCCUAAUUUUUUCCGAGCUUGGUUUUUCAGAAAGAGCUAAUCUAACGGGAAAAACGCGAAUUUGACAGAUCUGAUUAAAAAUAAACAAAUAAAAUUACUAUAAAAACUAAAGAGUAGCUUAGAAACAGGCACACGCCUGUUUAAGUUCACUGCAUAUACUGCCUCAAGCACAUAACGCAGCGUGAAAAUGAGUGAGCGCCCUACAGACCCUGCCACUUCCACUCGCGUUAAAAGUGAGCAUGCAAAGCCUGUGAAUCCUGAACAGCCUCUGGAAUCUCUGCUUCAAGUCCUGUUUAAGCUUUGGCAGCAAGGACGUCACUUGUUCAGCGCCAUCAUGAACGAACUGGGUGGAAAUGAGCUUCUGGAUGCUGUGACCACAUGGUGUGCCCAACAUCCACAUAUAGCCAUCUGCUUUGUUGCCGGCUUUUUUGUUUUCAUUUUGCCGCUACUUAUUAUUUUUGGCAUUGGUAUGACCACGCUGGUUAUGACUUUUGUUGGUAUCCUGCUGCUGGAAGGCACACUGAUAACCGUUGUCUUUAUGAUAUUCUUUGGCUGCAUUGGCAGCUUAGCAAUCGCAUUCAUUAUCUUUGCACUCGUUGCCCACUUUGGCUUUUCAAAAAUUGCCGAUUCACAGAAGCCGAAUUUAAUUCAAAUGAGUAAUACCCAUGGAUUUUUCUAAUUUGUUUAUGUUACGAUUGCGAAC